CAGUUCCCAGGCGCGCACGGCUCAUAACAAAGAAACAACGUUGCUAGUCGUGCCGGCAAAUGCCGGGACACCUUCUCGAAAACGGCGAAAAAUUUUCCCGCCAGCAAAAGUGUGGCGUUGUAGAGAAAGGAACUCACUUGGUUAUUCAUCGGAGACACCUCGACAGUGUUUCCCCCGUGUUUUCUUCCUUGGCACGUUGUAGAUUCGCCGAGAAACUGGCUGCCACGCCUCUGUUCAAACUGCCGUCGGAGACAAAGACCUCCACGCCCCGUCACAGGAUGACCACGAUAUACCCGGGUGUCUCGUACGAGACCACGCUCGCGGCGGAGUGUUUGCUGUCCAUGGCUCACUCUGUGAUCGUCAAGCCGCCUCCCAAGCCAGAGAUCAAGAUCGAGCCCGAUCGUACGGAGUUGGGUCAGGACGACAACAAAGCAGGCAGCCACGGACACAACCCUUUGUUCAUGGUGGCGCGCAUCCUAGCGGAUCUCGGUAACAAGCAUGGUUGCAGUCCCAAAGUAAAGACAGAAGAGGCUUCGAACUUUCCUAACGGCUACGAUCACCAUUUCGAAGAAGCUGCCACGCCACUCGAUCUCUCCGUGAAGGCCAGGAGUCCCUCCCCAGCCAGAGAACCAAGCCCGAAAAGAAGCAGGGUGGGUAGCGGGAAACGUGGUGCAGUGGCCAAGCGUGAUCGCGCCGAGCGGUCGACCACACCUACCGGCACCAAGACCAAGCCCGGCGCGGGACGCAGGGCAGGCCGCAAGCCAGGAAUGAGCGUACAGCCCGCCAAGAAGCACAAGUGUUCCUUCAAGGGCUGUGACAAAAUAUAUGGGAAAUCCUCACAUCUCAAGGCGCAUCUUCGCACCCAUACAGGUGAGAGACCGUUCCCUUGCACAUGGCCUGACUGCUUCAAGAAGUUUGCACGGUCUGACGAGCUGGCACGCCACUUCCGCACUCACACCGGGGAGAAGCGGUUCUCCUGCCCCAUCUGCGACAAGCGGUUCAUGCGCAGCGACCACCUGAUGAAGCACGCCCGGCGGCACCCCAACUUCCAGCCUGGAAUGAUCAAGAAACCGGACCAUCGCCGUAGCAACCCCAUGUCUUCGGCAGCGUCCACCGGGUCAGCGAGCGAGGACUACAGCCUGUCUCCCGCAUCCAGCCCGCUGAGCGCGCCCAGCUCUCCGUGAACAUCAGUGCCGUUCAGGACUGAUAAUGACACCAGCUCACCUGAGCUAGCUGUUACAAUGGACUUGAAAGAUGUUAAGUUACACUGACGAAGCAUCUGGAAAAGAAAUGACUGUUUGCCGGUUGUGGCAGUCUGGCACUUGAGCCAGACUCUGAGCUGUCAGCCAGGUGGCAAGUUUAAAAACGUAGGAAGUAACAAACGUAACAUCCCAGUCACGAUGCCUUCCCGUUCAGAAUUGCCUUGAUUCGAACUGUCCUUUCUACUAUCUGACCCUACCUCAGGCCGAUAGUCUCACAGUUGUCACGGCAACUGCAUUCACUUGUUCUGUGUCUCAUCUGAGAACAUUCCUCUGGUACCAAUGAAAUUAAUGGCACUGUUCUCUGCUAUACUCUUAAUAAGGCACUAACUGGUACAACGGCAAACUUUUUCGCGAGGAAUUUGAAAGAUCAGUGUAGAAGUGUUAUUGAGACAUUUGAUUGAUGGUGGAAAGGGGUGGUCCUUCCACCAUACCUGUACAUGUUCAAAAUAAUCUCUCAAUUACGCAAAUUGUCGUGUUACUGGAGACAGAUGACAGUAUGUGUUAGUACCACAUUUUUCUUAUGGAAAAGUUUUGUACUAUUUCUACUCCAUUGCCAAAAGUGGUGAAAAGUGUAGGCAAGUUAGCUGUGCGCAUCUUGUGUAUUGUUGUGCCAUUAGGUACAUUGCUGGGUUUGUCACUUGUUGAAGUGCUGUCUAUUUUUCUACUGUUAAUCAAUGUGAAAGCUCUGUUAUUAUGCGCUUUAGCUAUUAAUGUCCUUUGCUGUUCUGUGCUAGAUGUUUGGCUGUUGCUGACUUAGACUCAAAGCAGUAAUAACCGUCGGCUGUUUGAACUCAAAGUAAUCUGGUCAUUGUACUGUAACGUUACUGUGUAGGGUUGCCUUUAUGAUAUUGUAUUUAACCAGAGGCCUUCCAUUCCUUUGUGUCAUAACACUUGCACAUUGUUGGAUAUAACUUGUACUAGCUUGUCUCACCAGUGAAGAGCUUGAGGUAGUUAUCAUUGUAAAAAAAAUCUCAGUGAUGAGCCAGAAUUGACAUUAUUAUAUAACUACAGUGUAGUAUGGUCCAAAAUCUGGACUAUGUUGUGUAUAACAUGAAGUAGAGCCACUGAUUUGGGGAGUGAAAGGUGUACUUUAUUAACUUUGGAUUUUAAAGGUUUGCCUUGGCAGAAAAGCCAAAACUCCUUGGACAAGAUGUCCCAAAAUUUCCUCCCUCAAACAGUGGAUGCUACUUCUGUGUUGUCCUCAGUGUCUUGUAUUUUUAAGGGCACCUCUGCUUCUGCUAGUUCUCUUCCAGCUUUGUUGUUUGCCAAACAAUUGCCAUACCAAACCAACCAGCUUGUUUUACCUUUUCUUGUGGAGACUGUUUCCACCAUGUGGAAUGAAGACUGUCUCCACUAAGCCAUUUAGUUUCCAUCUUGAGACUGGAGUAUGAUUCAGAUGUUCUUGAACUUAAAAUGCAGACAGUAUUUUAUCCUCAAGGUGAAAGUUAGAGGUGUCCUUUUGUGAUUACCUGUAGUUAAAUCAUAUCAUUGGCAGCAGUGUAGAGUUGCCUACAGGAGAGGAUAUAUCUCUUGUCCAAAGUUGCUGUAGAUGUUACAUGUCUGUCGGCUCACCACUGGCUGGGUGAACAAGUUUUAAUGACAGGCAUGUAGCAACCCUGGCAAUACAGGACAGGGAGUCAGGAAGACUGAUAGUGACUGUCAUUGCUAACUUUAGUAAAGAGUGAAGUUUGUUGAGAAGAAAGGGCAGGUUCCUUGUCUCUAUAGUAACCAGAACAUAUGUUUUUGUUGUUUUGUUUGUGAAGAUCGAGCUGAAAUUUGAGAUAGAAGGUCAGCCAUUAUCCUGUGUAACAGACUGUUGAUUAUUCCCUCUUCAACCAACAAGCCUGAGGAGGACAGGAAUUAGUUGUAUGAUUUUCAUAUUCAAAGCUUUUUUUAGAAAUGAAAUAGUGGAAUACCACUUACUUCACAGACUCUAUUUCCAUAUACAUUAAUGCUGCAAGAGUUUAUUUAUUUCAUGUCAUGUGCAACAGUACUUAAUGUUGAGAAGUUAGGAAAAUUCUUUCCCGCUGGACGGAGUUGAGAAGGGUGCUCAGUGCUUGAUUGCCAUUGACGUAAAUACCACUUGACCUCAUAGCAGGCUUCAGUAGUUGAAGGGGAAUAAGAUGAAGGCGUGUGAGAGCAUGUUGUGUUGCCACAUGCAGUGUUUAAGCCUGGACAUUGUCGGUUGCCAAUGAAUGUGUCUAUCUGUGGAAAAAAAGAGAGUUUUUAAGCUGUGUUCUCUGUGACGAUGAACUAUGCAAUGGUUUGUUUUUCAUACUUAUGGGGUAAGUGGUGGAGGGUGUCGAGACUUCAAACACUGCAGGCUUCCUCUCCUGAAGACCUUGCAGCAGUUUUUGCCAUACUUCCGACCAGUCAUGCAAUCCCUGUUUCCGAUUGGUUGAAAAUUUUUUGUCCAAUUGGUUGAAAACCUAAACUUCUAACCAAUCAGCUGUGACGUAACAAGAUGAGUUUUACCAAAAGAAAGCAGGCUGCACAUAAAAUUUAGACAACAAUGUUUUUUCAGUUUUGACCAAAAAGUGGUUUCUGUUGAUUGGAAAGCACAGAAAGACGUUGAAAGGAUGGCAGGUUGGACUUUUUCCUAAGGGAUCAGGAUUGUAUGAUAUUGAUAUCUUCAGUAGAUCUCUACAUUGACCAGUAGACCACAUCUUGUACUUAACAUUGUAGCCUAAUCAUGUUCUAGAUUUAGCUGUUUGAAUGUUGCCUAUUUAACGGAAACUGAUGUUAAUGGCUACAGAUGACCUUGGUAUAUUUAACUUAUGCUGUGUGUUAUUUAAUGCUUAUUUAAAUAUGUUUACCACAUAAUAUGUUUGCCUGUGCACCCACAUAGGUUCCUUUGUUCUCUGGUAUUAAGUUAUACUUUUCAGGAUUGGCUGUGACCACAACAGAAUUGUAUUUUGUAUCGUUCAGGGUUUUAUUGACCAAAUAAGAUGGAACAAUAUCAUCGAUUACCUCUUUCUGGGAAUCGUUCUGUACGAAUUUGUAUGAUCAAAUUUAUAUUGGUAAAUAAAUGAGAUGUGCAUUGUACCUGUA